AUGUCCGCCUCUCAAUUUAUGAAACUACCCUCAUUGCAGCCUUCUUCGGAGCAGAAUGCUUUACCUCCGUUGAGAAGUUUGGCUGCUGGAUUAUUUCCAACGAGGCUGAUGUCUGAGAACUCUUUAUCAAUGCAACACAACAGUUCAGCGUUCCUGGAUUCGUAUUCACUUUCUCGGGGGUCGUUGUCACCGCCCAUGUCGCAGGGUCUAGAGUCCAUCGGAAGACGAUCUUUGCCAAGUCUUCCAACGUUUUCGUUUGGAGACGUUCGCAACAACUCACUAACGUCUACGUCGUCCCGAGCUUCUUCCCUCAGUGGAGACGACGUUGAAUCCACCCCAUCAGUGCCAAAUUCUCCAGGAUCUAUACAUGCCCCUGGGUCGAUUAGUUCCUUGCGGGGAAAAAGGCGUCAGAGAAGUGGACCAUCGUGUGAUGCUUGUCGCGUGAGGAAAGUCAAAUGUGAUGCAGAGAUAAUCAUAUCUGAUUACCAGGACUUGAGUAUAGAUGAGAAGCUCAUGUUCGAUAAGAACACACAGGAUAACCAGACGUUUCAGCUGAGCAACGGGUUCACCAUCCUGAAGACUUUGGUCAACAUCAAAUCUUCGAGGGAUGAGAAGUACAUCAAGUAUAGAUCUUGUACUGCUUGUAACAACAGAACUUUGAAAUGCUGUUUCUCCAAAGGCUUCACGAGGAACGAUAUUGUCAAGUACAACAAGUUCAAAUCGGAGUCCUCUGAUGAAGAGUGCUCCGUCGCUAAGAGGGCCAAAACAGCACAAACAACCCCUCCUCCGUCGACUAACUUCGACAGCAGCAGCUCCUCUUUGUCUCCAAAGUCGACUCUUACGGCACCCUCGUCGGUAACUCCGCCACUGCUGCCAGCAAGACGAUCGUCUUGUCUUAAUUGUCGAUCCAAGAAGAUCAAGUGCGCACGACUAGAAGACUCUGAGCGAUGUACACAUUGCGAUAAAAAGGAUCUGUGUUGCAGCUUUGAAUGA